AUGUCUGACAAGGAAAGCGCACCACCCACUGAGCACCUGAAUAUCAAGGUCACGGACAACAACAAUGAGGUCUUCUUCAAGAUCAAGCGGACCACCCAGCUUAAGAAGCUGAUGGAUGCGUUUUGCGAGCGCCAGGGAAAGCAAAUUUCUACCGUGCGUUUCCUAUUUGACGGUACCCGUGUCCGUCCUGAGGAUUCUCCCGAUACUCUCGAUAUGGCCGACGGAGAUACCCUGGAAGUCCACCAGGAGCAAAUUGGAGGAUGCUAA